AUGUCUUCCGACUCGGACUUCACGGACAUCGACGAGGAGGAGAUCCCACUCUCUUCCUUAAUCUCCUCAAGGAAGAAGGGCAAAACCGCUGACGGCAAGGAUAUGUACAAGAUCAAAGGUGCUCUGAAGGUACCCCGCACGACCACAUACACGACACAGGCCCUAUACGACCAGCUGCAUCUCAGUGACAUCGACUUGAACGCAGACUACCAGCGAGGCGUCGUCUGGAACGACACUAAACAAACAGGCCUGAUCGACUCAAUAUUUCGCAACUUCUACAUCCCUCCUCUCAUUUUCGUGGUCAAAUACGGCGAUGAUGGGUCGGAACGCCGAAUAUGCGUUGACGGUAAACAGCGUUUGACAUCAAUAUACAGAUUCAUGGAUGGCCUGAUACCGUAUAAAGACGCAUUUACGAGCGAACGCUUCGUAUUCAAGGAGACCGGCAAAACGAAGGGAAAACUACUUCCUGAACGAUACAGGAAGAUAUUCUCUAACAAGCAAAUUGUCUGCGUGGAAUAUCAAGACCUCACGGAAGACGACGAGCGCGAGAUCUUCCAGCGAGUGCAAAUGGGAAUGGCGCUAACGCCGGCAGAGAAACUGCAGGCAAUUAGCAGCCCGACGGCGUCGUUCAUCCGCGAGCUGCAGGACCAGUACGUGGUAGAUGAACUUGCUCAAACGCUCGACUGGGAUACUGCGCGUGCGGGAGAUUUCCGGGGCCUUGCAUCUGCGGUGUACAAUAUGAACAAGUGGCCUGCGCUCGCAACCAUGGCCUCGCUGUCGCAGGUCGAGAAAUGGCUGCGGCAACCGGCGGAGCUUGAAGAACGCUUUUGCGACCAGGCGCACGCGACGUUCCAUAUCUUCGUGCUCCUCGCGCGAGACUCCCAGUACAACAAAGCGUUCCGGCUGACGGGCGUGAAGAAGGUGUCCCCCGUCGAAUUCAUGGCCGUCACCCUACUCAUCUUCGUGUACAAGAACAAGCUCACGCUCGCGCAGCUCUCGGAGGCGAUCGCGACCAUGCGCCGCGAGAUUCGCGCGAACGAGGUGGACAUACGCAUGAAUGCCCGUGUCCUGAAGCAACUGCUCGCGUUCAUCAAGGAGCUCAACCCUGCCAAGCUCGCGCCCGACCGCGGCCAGCCGCCCGCUGGGAAGCUGAGCAACCUUAAACGCAAGCGGACCGCGAGGGCACAAGGCCAUGACGAUGCGGAUUAUGUCCCGCCCCGCCGCCCGGCCCCACAACAGCUCACCGCCUCACAGGCGCACUCGCCGUGGCUACCGCCUAAGCCCGAGCCUUCUACGUCACGACCACCCUCCGGCCCAAGACGCCCCUCGUCCGCGAACUACCAGUCCGCAACACCCUCUGGCCCAAGACGCACACCCUCUCAGGCUACUGCUCCUCCGUCCACCCGCCCAUCGUCCGACCGCCUUUCAGCGAUCAAAGACGCCAAAGACAAUUCCCCACCCGCGCCUUCCCCGCGUCCACCACCCACAGGCCCAGCCCUGCGGAUCCCAUCGACGAAUUUUGUCGGGCCGAGUCGACCUAUGCACUCACCGUCGCUCCCGUUCUCUUCCCACUCGCCGACGCUACCCUACCCGACGCCGCCGUCGACGCUCCCGCCUCCUCCGCCAUCUAUCCCGCCGCCGCCGCCUCCUCCAGCCCGCUAUGACGGGCUUGGGGACUCGCUCAUGGCGCGCAUGAUGUCGCGACCUAUGGCGCCGCCGCAGAAUGGCCGGGACAUACACCAGCAGCAGGGACGCCCGGCUUCAGCACCUGGCCCUUUGCCCCAGGAUCGGUAUGGAACGGGGAGAGGAGAUUGGCGGGGGUAUAAGUGA